UCCUGUCCUUAUUGGUUGGUAGCAAAUACACUUUUCUGUUUCACAUUGUUUUCAUCCCUUUCAUUGUAAUUUUAUUACUGCCUUAUUCACAAAAUUUUCUUUUCUUACUCAAAUUUCUAAUGCUUUAUCAUCGUCAUGAAUUAUUGGUUUGUUACGUGUGUUUUCUGAUCUCAGUUUCUAUUCUUAGCAUGCUUACAAUCCAGAUGAGGAGUAUGCUGUGGUGGAAUCUCAACUACGGGCUCAUUUGGAAUCUUUUCUCGAGACUGCAAGAUCAUUCAAUACAAUUUACACAAAGGAAAUUCGUCCCUGGACGCACAUGAUGGAGGUGCCACAGCUUCAUGGAUUUGGGCCAGCUGCCAAUCGUUUGUUGGAGGCAUACAAGAUGCUUUUGAAGUUCCUUGGGAACAUGAGGAAUCUUAGAGACUCAUAUGCAGCUCUCGCUGUUGGAUCCUCAGAAACCGUAGCUGGCGAGCCUUCUUCAGUCACAAGAAUAAUAUCUGAAUGUGAGUAUGCAUUAACUUUUUUAAAUCGUGAUCUUGGAAUUCUAUAGGCUUCCAUUACUCGUCGCCUAGGCAACGAAAUGGCAUGACGAUAUGCAUAAGAAGAAAGUGGAGAACUAUCAAGGUAGGUUGUUUAAUUCUUUCUAGUGUAAUUUUGGAAAUGCAAAAUAUAUCUUAUCAUAACACUCAUCGUAUUCACCGAAAGAACACUGGUAGAUGAUACAUAUGUAUGUAUAUGCUUUUAACUCAAUUUAACUUUUUUAUUUUUAUACUAGAAAGCAUGCAGUUGUGUUGGUAUGAUAUUACAGUCUUUAUUUGAAAAUACUAGAAAGCAUGCACUUUUGUUGGUAUGAUAUUACAGUAUUCUUUAUUUGUGUCCUGGAAGACACAGAGAGAAGGAAGGAAGAAGCAUUAUUUGAUUAUUGAUUCAGUCUUGGCAUGGUCUUUUAGGGUCUAGGAAAGUUCAACUUUGCAUUUCGCCAAUCCCCACAUCCCUGAAAACUGUAUGGGCAAUCCAUCAUUUCAUUAUAUUUGUCGAAACAUACCCGGAUUUCACCAAACUGUAAAGUUCCAUUACUAUCUGUGUUGCAGAGAAUUUGAGGCUCUACGCCGCCCAGACCACCUUUAACAAUUUGUUUGUACUGUACGGCAUUGAAUCGCAAAUCUCUUGGACGCACCUGUUCUGUUUCAUCAGUGAAAAAUGUAUUCAAAAUCAAGGAUAUAUAAUACUUCACUCAUAUAUAUUUGUAUGUAUGUAAUUUCACAAGUGCGGACGCCCAUAACUUUAUAAGAAUUAUGAGAAGGGAAGUAAGAAGAUGAGUCCAAAUAUUGUUCAAAACAUAAGAGAGUAAAGUUAUGGACGUUCGCACCUGACGCACUACUACUACUAUUAUAUAUAUAUAAGUUUUAACAUUGGAUCAGAGAUGCAAAGUUACUGUGA